AUGUCCUACAAACAAGUCAUCUACAACACCCCGCCGGCCCCGGCCAUCGACCCCUCGCUCAGCUCAGGGACCUUCCGCCUACACACCGUCCCCAAACCCGACCAUGUCCCCGCCGACAAGGUGCUCGUGCGCGUGCACUACCUCUCCCUCGACCCGGCCAUGCGUCAAUGGCUAACUGCCAAACGCUCCUACAUUGCGCCCGUGGAACGCGGCGCCGUCAUGCGCGGACAGAGCAUCGCGCAGGUCGUGGGCGUGGGCAGCAAGCUGUCCUCUGAGUACCGGGUUGGUGACUGGGUGGUCGCAUACUCCGGAUGGCAGGAGUACGCUGUGCUAGGCGCUAAAGAAGCAGAGAAGGUCAUCGUCCCGCCGGGCGGGCGUCCGACGGACGCAAUGUCGGUGCUGGGGAUGACGGGGCUGACGGCGUAUUUCGGUAUGCUGGAAGUUGGCCAGCCGCGCGCGGGCGAUACCGUUGUUGUCUCUGGCGCGGCGGGAGCAACGGGUAUGGUUGCCGGCCAGAUUGCGCGCAUCAAGGGCGCCAAGCGCGUCGUUGGGCUGGCGGGUAGUAAGGACAAGUGCGAGUUCCUGGUUCGCGAGCUGGGCUUCGAUGCGGCGGUCAACUAUAAGGAUGCCGAUUGGCGCAAGCAGCUCAAAGAGGCUACGCCCGAGUACAUCGAUGUGUUCUUCGAUAAUACCGGUGGCGAUAUUCUCGAUGCUUGCUUGGCUCGCGCGAACCGGGAUUCGCGAUUCGUCAUCUGCGGCGCUAUCAGUCAGUACAACGCUGCGAAGCCGCAGGGCCCGGCCAGCUUCAUGAAUGUCAUUUCACAACGUGUCACGAUGAAAGGCUUUAUUGUUUUCGAUUUUGCCAAAAAGUACCCGGCCGCACUGAAGGAGCUGGCCUCCUGGUUGGCUCAAGGGAAACUCCGACGCAAGGAGCAUAUCGUGCCCGGUGGACUCGAGGCAGCGCCGCAGGCUCUCGUGGAUCUCUAUAAAGGUGCAAAUACGGGCAAGAUGAUGGUGGAGGUGGCGCCAGUAAGCGAGGCCCUGAAGGCCAAGUUGUAG